AUGACUGGAAUUCCAAAACCACGACCACAACGCAAAGACUACAAUCAGCUGUCAUCAAAUGAGAAAUUAGACAACAGGCACAUUGAAGAUAUACACAUAGAGGAAGCUGAAGUAGAUUCAGACGCGAGUAGCACUGAUUUAGACGAACGAGACACGCGCGGUGUAUGCCCGCCUUGUGCGCAUGACCGGUAUAACAACAAUAUUCGUCGACACGCCCAUGAUGAUUUCAGCGAUGACAGUGACUAUGGUAAAAUAUAUUUUGCU